AUGAAAUUCGGUGUCUUCAUGGCCCCGUUCCACCGGGUGGGAGAGAACCCCACGCUGGCCUUGGAACGCGACCUGGAACUCAUUCAAUGGCUGGACACCCUCGGCUUUGACGAAGCAUAUAUCGGCGAGCACCACAGUGCAGGCUGGGAAACCAUCGCCUCCCCGGAGGUGUUCAUGGCUACGGCGGCCGAACGCACCCGCAACAUCAAGCUUGGUUCUGGUGUGGUCAGUCUGCCCUAUCACCACCCGUAUAUGGUGGCCAACCGGUUUGUCCAACUCGACCAUCUUACCCGCGGACGUGUCAUUCUGGGCGUGGGACCCGGCGCCCUCGCCUCCGACGCGCUGAUGCUGGGCAUCAGGCCAGAGAAGCAGCGCGAAAUGAUGGACGAGUCUCUUGGGGUCAUUAUGCGGCUGAUGACCGAAACCGACCCCAUCACCUAUAAGAGUGACUGGUUCGAGCUCAACGAAGCAGUCAUCCAGUUGCGCCCUUACCAGAGUCCCCACAUCCCCGUUGCCGUGGCCUCCGUCGAGUCCCCCGCUGGCGUGACCACCGCAGGAAAGCACGGCGCUUCCGUUCUCUCUCUCAGUGUGCCUCGUGACACUAUCCGCCGUACCUCCCUUAUGGAGUUGUGGGACAUUGCCGAGGAAACCGCCGCCGAGCACGGCAAGACGAUGCACCGCGAGGAAUGGGGCAUCGUGAUGGGCAUGCACCUGGCCGACAGCAGGAAAGCAAGCCCUCGAGGACAUUCGGGAGGGCAGCGCCCGGGUGGUAACAGAAUACUUUGCCCGCACCCUUGGCAAUCCCGCCCCGGACGUUCCCCGGGACCAGAUAGUGGAUUUCAUGGUGGAGCACAACCAGUGGAUCGUCGGCACCCCCGACGACGCCAUCGCUGGCAUCGAGCGCCUGCAAGAAAUCAGCGGCGGCUUCGGCAAGUUCAUGAUUCGCGUGGAAGACUGGGCCCCACGCGACAAGCUGCACCGCAGCUACGAGCUGCUGGCCCGCUACGUCAUGCCUCGGUUCCAGGGAUCUCUCAUCGGUAUCGAGACCUCCAACCAAUGGGCGGCCGAGCGCAUCGAGGUACUGCAGGCCAAUCGCUACGCAGGCAUCAAGGCGGCCACCGAACGCUACGACGCCAGCCGCAGCAGCAACUAGCAGUCCUCUAUCCGGUUAGGCAAGGAAACAAUCUCAAGACGCGACAAGACACUCAACCCGUCAUUCUCGCGAAAGCGGGAAUCCCGGCCCUCGCCUAA